GAAACAAUUCAGUACCGAAAAGUUACCACUCUUGCUAUGAAAAAGCUUGAAGACAAUGGAUUUAAACUUACUGAGUCCAAUGAAUCACGAUAUCUCUGUCAUUUAUGCUAUAGUAAUAUGAUAGUAAAUCCGGUAAAUAAAAGAAAGUGGGAGGAGAAAAAGCAUACAACCAUCAACAUUAGCAAUCAUAAUAUAAAUUCUACAACUAUGGUAUUAGACAAAUAUAUGUUAGUUCCUAAAGGUGAAUAUAAAAAAUUAGUAUCUCAAAAAGAGAUUAAUCAACUUAGACAAGAUUUAAGUCAAGCCAAAGAAGAGAUAAAAAUUUUACAAACAAAAUUGAUAAUGCAAAACCAAG